UUAAAAGAAGUGCUAUAACGUUCACCUUUAAUGUACACUUUUUCUGUGUUUGAAUGCAUGCAUCUCUUUUUGAAAAUCUGAAAUCAAACCUGCAUAAAGAAGCCGCGCCAUGAACCUGAGCCCAAAUUAUGGAUGAAUACGAAGCACAAUUGCUCGUUGUGGAGCAGGCGUUGGAAAAUACCACGGAUGAGCCCCAACGCCAGGAACUUUUGGCCCUUAAGUCGAAUCUACAGGAGUUACUAGCCCUCACCCGGGAGACAGAAGAUGAACCACCAACCGAUGAAUUACCUCAACAAGCAGACGACUUGGACGACGAGCUGCAGCGGCUCAGAAGCGAACUCAGCAAUCUGGAAGGAGCUGACAUUACCCAAUCCGCAGCGGAUGAAGAGCGGCAGCUGUCGGAUUUACGGGCGAAGUACACCGCCAUGGUGGGCGAGAAGUGCUCCGCUCCCCACGAGCACAGUUGGGGCACCUGCUACCACAAUGCUCUCAUCUGCGGAGUGGACGAUGAGGUGGUCAUGAACGGCGAUGGCAUCUUAGAUGCCCGACUAAGAGUGCUCUUCACGAAUCCCACGCAUCGGGAAAUGCUGCCUUGUUCUUAUUAUCUUGAGGGCGAGUGCCGUUUUGAUGAAACGAGGUGUCGCUUUUCCCACGGCGCUCUGGUUACCGGUAGCUCUAUUAAAAAAUACAAUCCACCCGAAUUCCACAAGCUUUGCCGCAGUCGAGCAGUGUUUGCCCAGCUGCCGGAUCGCCUGUGGCACCGAGGUCGUGUCCUUUGCGUGAAUUUCGUAGAGCAGGUUUGCCGGGUGCGAUUAGAUGGCCAGGAUCACAAGGAACGGGAGCGUGACUUUAAGUUUGAAGAGCUGUUUCCACUGACCACGGAUCUGGGUGAGGAUGACGACCUCUCCAGCGAAGACAGCAUCUCUAGCAUAAACGGCGAAAGCAGUGAUGAGGUAGACUCGGACAUGGAUGAUUUGGAGGAAGCCAGGAGAGCCCGAAUGGUCGAGUUAAGUUUGUUUACCUUUAAGCCAACAGAAAAGCUGGGUGCCUGGGAGGAGUUCACGCGGGGCAUCGGAUCCAAGCUCAUGGAGAAAAUGGGCUACAUCCAUGGCACGGGUCUCGGCUCAGAUGGAAGAGGCAUUGUGACGCCUGUUAGCGCCCAAAUACUUCCCCAGGGUCGAUCUUUAGAUGCCUGCAUGGAGCUGCGAGAGGCUGCCAACGGGGACAGUGACUAUUUCAGUGUGGAACGAAAGCUGAAGCGUGCGCAGCGCCGGCAACGAAAAGCGGAUGAAAAGGCCUACGUCCGGGAAUCACAACGUACGGAUGUUUUUACAUUUUUGAACGCCAGUGUUCUCGGUCCUGGGGAAAGCGAUCAGCAGGGUGAGCAAGUGGCCAAGAAGGCUAAGACCAACGAACUACAACAGCAUUCGACCAAAACCCUUAACGUGGAGUCAGUGCGAGUGGCUGAUGAAAUCCGCCGAAAGCAGCGGGACAUUGCAAAAGUGAAGCAGUCUCUGGACAGAAAUUCUGGAGAUGCACAGCUUCAGAAACGACUGCAAGUGCAGCUGCAGAGCCACAAACAGGAGCUGGCCACGCUUCAGGCUCAGGAACGUAGUUUAAGCAAGGAACAGCAGACGCGCAAAAGCAAGAAUAAAAUGUUUGAGUUUUGAUUUGAA